GGAAAAGGGUAAGGAACGCGGAAGUGUGGAUUUGUGUUCCACCGUGAGAAGAGUCGGACGGGAAGCGACGUGGAAAGAGACUGGAAAUAGCGAGCGUUAGUUGUGAGAAGAUUUGAAAACUCCGAGAGUUUAGAAAAAUAAGAAUGGGCUCGUUGUUUCGCAGUGAGGCUAUGUGCCUGGCCCAGCUUUUCCUGCAGUCCGGCUCAGCGUAUGACUGUGUCAGCGAGUUGGGGGAGAUGGGACUGGCUGAGUUCAGAGACUUAAACCCACAAGUAAGUGCCUUUCAGAGAAAAUAUGUUGGUGAAGUAAAGAAGUGUGAAGAGAUGGAGAGAAUACUGGGAUAUUUGGUACAAGAAAUUCAAAAAGCAAAUAUACCGGUCCCAGAGGAAUCAUUGACGCCUGAGGCCCCCCUUCCAAAGCAUGUGCUUAAUAUCCAGGAACAACUGCAGAAACUGGAAGUUGACCUGAGGGAAGUAAAUAAGAACAAGGAGAAGCUGCAGAAGAACCUUUUAGAAAUGACAGAGUAUACGUACAUGUUGAGAGUCUCAAACUAUUUAGUACACAGAUCCAAUGAGCAUGAAACUUCUGCAAACAGCACUUAUGAGGAAUUUCCUAUGCUUGAAAAGGAAUCUUUUAUGGACUAUACCUGCAUGCAGAGACUUGGGGCAAAACUAGGAUUUGUUUCUGGCUUAGUUUAUCGUGCAAAGCUGGAGUCCUUUGAAAAAAUGCUGUGGAGAGUGUGCAAAGGGUACACUGUUCUAGCAUACCAAGAGCUGGAUGAAUAUCUUCUGCACCCAGACACUGAAGAACCAACGAGGUGGUGUGUCUUUGUAAUUUCUUACUGGGGAGACCAGAUUGGGCAGAAAGUGAAAAAAAUCUGUGAGUGUUAUGACUGCCAUGUAUAUUCUUAUGCAAACUCUGCUGAUGAGAGAAGGGAAUUACUGUCUGAGUUGAAUACACGUAUUCAGGACUUGCAUAAGGUUAUUUCUCAAACAGAUGACUACCUCAAACAGGUUCUAUUUAAAGCAUCAGAAUCUGUAUACAAAUGGGUUAUACAGAUUAAAAAAAUGAAAGCCAUUUACCAUGUUCUAAACUUCUGUCGAUUUGAUGUGACAAACAAAUGCCUAAUUGCUGAGGUCUGGUGUCCAGUAGCUGAUCUGCAAAAUGUUAGAAGAGCUCUUGAGGAAGGCUCGAGAAAGAGUGGGUUGUCUGUUCCUUCAUUUAUAAACCGCAUACCCAGCAAUGACACCCCACCAACCUUAAUCCGAACCAACAAGUUCACUUCAGGAUUUCAAAACAUUGUAGAUGCUUAUGGUGUUGGAAGCUACAGAGAAAUGAAUCCAGCUCCAUACACUAUCAUUACCUUUCCUUUCCUGUUCGCUGUGAUGUUUGGAGACUUUGGGCAUGGAAUAUUGAUGUCUCUUUUUGCACUCUGGAUGGUUUUGUUUGAAAAGAGUCCUAAAUUGGCACGUGGUCAAGGCGAGAUCAUGAAGACCUUUUUUGAAGGCCGUUACAUCAUCUUGCUGAUGGGGCUUUUUUCUAUUUACACUGGGCUCAUUUACAAUGACUGUUUUUCCAAGUCACUGAACAUCUUUGGCUCUGGUUGGAAUGUUUCAGCCAUGUUUUCAUCAGAAGUUUGGAGGAAGGAGGAUUUAUCCAAUAAGAUGCUAAUGCUGGAUCCCAAUGUAACAGGAGUGUUCACAGGAGUUUAUCCCUUUGGCAUUGAUCCAAUUUGGAAUUUAGCAACCAAUCGCCUCUCCUUCCUAAACUCCUUCAAAAUGAAGAUGUCGGUUAUCCUUGGAAUUAUUCAUAUGACCUUUGGAGUUGUUCUGAGUGCCUAUAACUAUAUGCAUUUCAAGAAGAGGUUCUGUAUUUUUCUGGUCUUCAUUCCUGAGCUUCUCUUUAUGAUUUGCAUCUUUGGCUACCUCGUCUUCAUGAUUUUGUACAAGUGGCUGGUAUAUUCGGCAGUAGACUCCAGGAAAGCUCCCAGUAUCCUCCUUCACUUUAUAAACAUGUUCAUGUUUUCUAAUACUGAGAAUAAUCCCUUUUUCUUCAAUGCACAGUUUGGGAUCCAAGUAUUCCUCGUGGUUGUGGUCACUCUUUGUGUGCCUGUACUUCUGUUUGGGAAACCACUCUAUCUCUACUGGCAACAUCAUGGUGGACAGACCUUUGGAAACUACAGAAAAGGUUAUACCUUAGUACGUCGAGGGAGUGAGGAGGAGCUUUCUCUAGUGAGAUCACAUGAUCUGGAAGAAGGAGAAAUCCACAGCAGCCAUGAAGUUCAGAGGGAAAGUGAUAAGGAGAAGUUUGAUUUUGCGGACGUUUUCAUGGGCCAGGCCAUCCACACCAUUGAAUAUUGCCUGGGAUGCAUCUCAAAUACUGCUUCAUAUCUUCGUCUGUGGGCUCUCAGUUUAGCUCAUGCCCAGCUCUCAGAGGUCCUCUGGGGAAUGAUCAUCAGAAAGGGUCUCAAAGUAGAACUCAAUGUUGGGGUCUUUGUCUUGGUACCACUCUUUGCAGUGUUUGGUAUCCUAACAGUGGCUAUUCUUCUAGUCAUGGAGGGCUUAUCUGCCUUUCUGCAUGCACUCCGAUUACACUGGGUGGAAUUUCAGAACAAGUUUUACUCUGGUGCAGGCUACAAAUUUAACCCAUUCUCCUUCAACCAUUUCUCUCAUCUCACCUGAAAACAACUUGUACAGCAUGUUAUUGUGCACCUUAAGACUUAUACAUGAAAUGUCAUGUAAAGAACAUCCCAUAUUGGGUAGAACAUUGUACAGUUUAAUUUCAAAGCACAGCCUAGAGCCUCAUGUUCAGUUUUGUGUUCAAUGUUUUCAUUUGACCAGUUAUAAAUAUGAAGUUGGGUUUUUUCUUGAAUUGAAAACUUUGGUGGGAGUUGAAAUUGGUUAAAACCAUAGGAAAAUCACCAAAAGUUUGUCCCAUUUUCUAAAGGGACACAUUGUGGGAAAAUGUUGACAUUUAAUGGUUAUCAUUUUCAAAUCAAACUUACCACAAGUAUUGACAUUUUAAAAGUGUUUUCUCUUUUCUGUUUCUUACUGCUUUUCUAAAGGUUCUAUGGUUUUAAAAAUGAAUUUGUUUCAUUUUUCCCUCCGCUCGUUGCCAAUUCAGUAUCGGGGAGAUGCCAGCAAUGAAUGUAUAAUUUGUGAUAGGGGGAUUAUGCUCAGCUGGGGCUUCUGUUCCUUAGCAUUGUAUCACCUAAUGUAUCAAAUUGUAACAGAUUGAGAGUCAGUGAUCUGGCACAGUGAGCUGCUACUGAGACAUGAGAGGGUAAACUCAUUUUAAAAAAAUAUUAAAACAUUUAAAAUCCAAUUGGAAAAAAAAAGUUUUUUUCUAUUAAAAAAUUAUACAUUAAUGUAAAUGACAUGACCCUUUAAUUUGAUUUAAUACAGCCACUAUACUGAAAAAUAUUAAAGGGGCAUGUUGACUUUUUGGCAGGAUAUAACUUUGUAUUGGGUUAUCUGGACAAAUGACACCAGUUCAGAGAAGCUCUGCCUCCUACUAAUCCCACAUACUAAGACUGAGAAUUUAGGAUCAAGGAGUCUGUUCUUCGCAUUACAUUCUCUAACUUCCACUUUAGGAGAGAGGACACAUUUGCAGUUAGUUUCAUGCAACCCCUCCCCCUUUACCCCCCAAAAAAUCCAAGUUAAUUUUCCAGCUUUCUGGGUUUCCAGAUGUCACAAACCCUUUUCUGUUUCAAAACAUCUAAUGGACCAACACAAAAGUGGUGACUGCUAAAAAUAAGAGAGGGAUGAAGUUAAAGGAUAACUAAAACUUAACAAAGAAGUAGGCUAUAAACGCUGCACAUUAUAUUUUGAGAUUCUGGAUCUCUCUAGUAGUGAAGAUUUGUGUCUCUGAAUAUGCCACUAGUAGCUUCCCUUAUUUAUUUUUGCUGAUUCACAGCACAUGCUCUGUACAGCAUAAUAUAGUAUAAAAUGGUGAACUCCAAACAUAAUGUAUAUGUAGAAUUUAAAUGUAGCGAUAGAAGGCUGACUAGUAACUAAUUCAGAUUCACGUUACAUGGCAUAUGUUUUUGUGACAGGUAAUCCUCAUUUUCUGCUUUAUGAUUUACAACAACCCCUAAUCAUUGACGCUCCUAACAAAAUCCAAGAUGGUGACCCCCUUGUAGACAAAUUUGAAGGCCUGGAUCAUAGCUGUUAUAGAGAUGCUGAAAUUUUAGGCUGGUGUUGUAAGCUCACUAUAUAAAAUACAUAAUUUCCAGCCAUAUUCAUUUUUAGGGUUUAAAAAAAACACCAAACAUUUUGUUCAGUUUCUCACAUUUGGUAACUUAAUUUAUUUUCAAAGAACGAAAAGGCAAGUAUAGUACGACUUUUUCCCCAAAGGCAUAGCACACAUUAUGAGAAAUAGAUAAUAUACCUGUAUGUUGUUUUGAAAAUAUAAUUCAGGCAGAUUAUGAUGUAGGGUCACUGUAUAUUUGAAUGUAUUAUAUUUAUAUUUUCUUAAAGGAAUUGUGUAAAAAUAAAAGCUGGGUAAAUUUAAAAAAAAAAAAAAAAAAAAAAAUGUUUCUAAUGUAGUUAGUUAGCCAAAAAUGUAAUCUUUAAAAGCUAGAGUCACUGGAUGUCUUGAGGGGG